GAGUUACAAAACAGACCCAAAGUAAAGGUGGAUCUGUUUCAGGUGGUUUGAAAUGUAAUUAAAAGUCAAAAUUCUCCAGGAGCUCAUUUCAGAUUUCAAAGCAUCUUUUGUCUGUCGCAGUGCGAAACACGACAAGGAAAAGCAAAACUUCACCCCUCAGCGCCUCCGAGAGAUUCACCGUGAGACAGAGGCGGGAAUUGGUGCACUAAAGCUGCAUCCAAACACCAGUGUGAAUGGAGCUACUACCAGCUGCUCUUCUGAGCAGUUUCAUUACAAUUACAGUAAAUGUUUGUGCAUUUGUGCACUGAAAAAAAGGUGCAGCUGAUUUGACCAAGCAAACAAACCAUGGCUGGCCUGACCGCAGACUCAAGUUAUGCUUUAGGUACCACAGUUCAUUCACUCUAACUGUGAAUAAAGUUUGCUUAAAAUUUGCUUAACAUUGUAUAUAGACGUGACUCCUGGCAGCACUGUAGAGAAUCAGAAAGAUGCUUAAAAUACAGGAAGUGAAACAUGAACUCCAGCUGCAUGUCAGAGCUUGGAAGGUCUUUAGACAUGACAGUUUUGUCAGCCUGGGUUGUAAUGAAGGAAAAACAAACAUAAAGGUGAAGUGUGGAUGAGCAGCAGCUGCAGGGUUGUUGCAGUUCCUCCUCCGGCCAGCGGCGGCAGCACUGAGCGCAGCGCCGCGCAGCUGAUGAGCGAACAAGACUAAGUUUACGCUUCGUCCACCUGCUGUUGAUUUAAGUUACUUUACCUGCUGCUGACACCGACCUGGACCCCCUGACGGGCCGCUGAGGGCUCCAUCUUUCCUCUGGAGGGUUCGAAUUUGUAACGUCGAGUUUAAAAAUGACGUUUUUAGCGUUCGACGGCAGAAACACACGUUUGGCCGGAGCAGCGGUCCAGGACGCUGUGACGUAUGACUCCUGCAUCCGAGCUAGCAAGCCCCGUUAGCAUUAGCAUUAGCAUUAGCAUCGCGUCAAGGCAAACUCAGAGCCGUCGUCUCCUCCUGGAGCCUUUUCAUCCGCCAGAGGUGUCUGUUCCCCCGCAGCUCUCCUCGCCUCACCCGCCCUGCAGCUCCAGAGAACCGAGUGCCAGCUGCAUAAAGAAAUGGCUGUCCCGGUUUGGUGUGGAUGAACUUUGACCUCCACUCGAUGAAACACCCCUGAGAUGUGACCUGGAACAAUCCUGCUAGGCCUCGAGGAGACACGUCCACCCUCAGACGAUCAGAGCAUGAGGAGAUGAAUGGAGUGAAGGUGGAAGCAGAACUAAGAGGAGAGGACUGUCAGCAGCUUCCUGCUGAAGGAGACAGGAGCGUCCCCGACACGGAGACACCGUCCACACCGGAGAGCAGCCGUCAGUCAAAACGCCAUCACCACUGUUCAGUAUGCAGCAGGGAGUUUUCUCGUCCGUCUCGGCUGGCGGACCACAUGGCUACGCACUCUGGCAACAAGCCGCACAGCUGCUCCGUGUGCGGGAAGCGCUUCACAAAAAAGAUAAAUGUGGUGGUGCACCAGCGGGUCCACACCGGCGAGAAGCCGUACUGCUGCCCAGACUGCGGGGCCAGCUACGCCCAGCUGGGCUGCCUGCGGCGGCACCAGCUCUGUCACGCCGCUGAGAAGCCACACCACUGCUCAGUGUGCAGCCGCGGCUUCAUUCAGCGACGGCAUCUCGUCCAACAUGAGCGGACUCACACCGGAGAGAGGCCGUUCUCCUGCCCGCUGUGCCCCAAACGCUUCGCUUCCAGGACGGGCCUCAGCGACCACCAGAAAACCCACGGAGAGCAGAACCUCUACUCCUGCUCGUUGUGUGAGAAAACGUUCUCCACGUCGUCGUCCUUCAGGGACCACGUGAGGCUCCACACCGGAGAGAAGCCUCACCGCUGCUCACUGUGCUGCAAGAGCUUCAACCGGCCGGGCCUGCUGAGGAAACAUCUGCAGAGGCAUGCCGAGGAAAACGCUGUGGUCCAGGCUGGAGGUGCAGCUGGCAACGAGGAAACGUUUCAUCGCUGCCUCCUGUGCCUCAAAGAUUUCUCCACCAUGGAGAAGCUGCAGCAGCACUUGAAGCUCCACCAGAGGGCGCUGCAGUGCGACAUCUGCGGCCAAGGUUUCAGCCGAGCCUCCCGGCUGAGGGAGCACGAGAGGUCUCACAGCGGAGAGAGACCGUUCCAGUGUGACGUCUGCAAGAAACGAUUCUCCAUGCAGAGAGUUUUCAGGAAGCACCUGGAGAUCCACCACAGGGAGGGACGCAGCGCCGCCAUGACGUCAAACCACAGCGCCGCCGCGAUGCCAGACCACAGCGCCGCCAUGACGUCAGACCACAGCGCCGCCAUGACGCCAGACCACAGCGCCGCCAUGACGUCAGACCACAGCGCCGCCAUGACGCCAGACCACAGCGCUGCACUGUCGGACUCUGACAACAAGACGCCAGACGAGCCGCUCGUGGACGGCAGCGGCCGUCUGAACGGGCUGCAGGAGGUCGACAACAGAAACGAUGAUGAUGAUGAUGAAGAGGAAACGGUGCAUUCACUGACCGACGGCGUGAAGAAGCUCCACGUCUGCUCCGUCUGUGGGAAGAGCUACACAAGGCCGUCCAGGCUCAAAGAGCACUUUAAGAUCCACACGACGGAGAAGCUGCACCGCUGCUCUGUGUGCGCUAAGGCUUUCACCACCACGACCAACCUGAGAGCUCAUGAGAAGAUCCACAUGGCCAACAAACCUCACCCCUGCAGCAUCUGCCCCCGGAGCUUCCUGAGGCCCUGCCUGCUCCGCAAACACAUGAGGAUCCACAUCAGGGACGGACUCAUCGCAGCCCCCGCAGACAAGGAGUUCUGGCUCAACAUGAAGACUGAAGAAGAAGAAGAGGAAGAGGAAGAGGAGGAUGGAGGUGCUCAUGAGCAGGACUCAGACGACCUUUCUACCCCCGCCGAGUCCUUCAUCACCAAGUCUGGACCUCCACCUGGUAACCACGGUAACCACCAUAGCUUGCUGUUGAGGGAGGACGGAGAAGAAAACAAGGAGGGAGACGUCAGUGGAUUGAUCAACUCUGAUGGCGAGGAGGAGGACUGGAGACCGGCGCUCAUCGAACAAGAUGGCCGCUCAGAGAUUCAGGCAGUCCCCACCGGCGGGAAAGGGAAGCACAGCUGUCCUGUCUGCGGUCGAGACUGUUUCAAGGCGUCGGCGCUGCAGAAACACCUGAGGAUUCACUCGGGCGAGCGUCCGUUCCAGUGCCCCACCUGCAGGAAGAGCUUCACCCAGCAGGUCCACAUGACGGAGCACCAGAGGAUCCACACCGGGGAGAAACCCUACACCUGCACCGACUGCAGCAAGAGCUUCACCUUCUCCAGCGCCCUGCGGCGACACCAGCGGCUGCACACCGACGCCCGGCCGUACCAGUGCUCCGUCUGCGACAAGACCUUCAAACAGCAGAGCUCGCUCAAGAGCCACCAGCUGACGCACUCAGGCGUCCGCUACCAGUGUCCGCUCUGCAGCAAGAGCUUCAGCCGGGCCCUCGAGCUCACCUACCACGUGGACAUGCACUCCGACACCCGGCCCUACUUCUGCAACAUCUGCAAGAAGAACCUGAGCGGCGCCAGGAUCUUCCGCAACCACAUGAAGAAACACGAGUCACCGAAGUCGCCGCUGUCGCUAAUGCUGCGAGCCGGACCAGGAAACACUGAGAACACCUCAGAGGUCCGACACUGACAAAAACCAGCGGCCUCUAAAAGACCUGUCUCCUGUUUCUCAGCAGCCAGUCGUGUGUGGACUGCAGGUGAUCAGUGAUGUCACUGGAGAGGUUUUAGACUUAGGGAUCAGUUGAUGAGUAUCAUUCAGAUCUAAUCACUAGAAUGUUUGUUGGCAAAGUACGUCUCUGCAAAACCACAGGUGUGUUUAAGCUUUAUAUUUCUCUCUCCUCACAUCGUGUGGUUCUGCUCUGGUUAGGGUCAGAAAAAUGUCAUGUUUUGUCUUGAAAUACCUGUUUCGGUCGCCACAAACUGAGCUGCAAAAUGUCUUGAGGUGUCCUUUAUAAAAUAUCCAGCUCUGUCA